UGGGUUUCCAAUUCUUUCUUCAAUAUUUUGUCCUCUUCUUAAGGGCAAAAUGGAGUUUCAUGUGUGGUAGUGAUUGCCACGUUAUCAAAUUAGUGACGUGGCAGUGAUUAAGUUGGUCAAAGGAUGAAAUUUUAAAUGAUUAAUGAUUGAAAGGCUAGUUUGCAAGGAUUAGCGAAUACAUGGACCAAUUUUUAAACGACCCCUAAUUGCAAGGAUGAAAUACAUAUAAGCCUCAUAUUUAUUGCCUUCUUUGAAUUAUUAAUGCAUUACUUCCUUUCUCAGGCUUAAUUAUCUUCACAUGAUCACAAUUCAUGACAUUACUAAUGGCUUGGCUUUUCAUUUUCAAAUCAUUACUUUUCUCCCUGAUUAUGCUUCAUGUUUCAGCUCAAGAUGGAGGAUGUCCAACCUCCUUUAGUUGUGGAUAUCUUGGCCAAAUUACCUUCCCUUUCACAGUCACACAAUACCCUCACUGUGGCAUACUGGCCAUAAGUGGUUGUGAUCAAAAAAAUACAUCUGCUCCCAAUAGCAUCCAACUAGGAAAGAUGCCAUCCAAACAGUCUUUAAUAGUUACAUACGUGGAAGGUAAUACCAUCACGGUCUCAGAUGAAACACAGCAGAAGUAUUUGCUAUCCAAAAAAUGCCAAGCCUUUCACAAUUAUCCUGUUCCUCCCACUACUCCUUUGGGUUCUUUCUACAUCAAAUUUAAUAUAACUAUGUUCAAAUGCAAUCGCUCCCUUAAGGUCACCCCUCCAAAAUCAUUUCAAAACUACGCAAACUGUUCCGGUUAUGAUAUCUACUAUGACCUUCAAAAUAUUGUGAGACCUCCUCCUUUCAAAGUGCCAAACUCUUUAGCACAGUGUACACAGUGUCAGGCUGCAGUAAGAGACAUGCCCAAUGAUGAUCCCUUUGAGUUUCUAUCUCCUCAGAUCUCCAUUGUAGUACAAUUAUCUGAUGAUUGUAACCAGUGUCUUCAUCAUCAAGGGGGACGAUGCCGACUUGAUAUUCAAGGAAAAUUCCACUGUGCCGAAGGGAAUAGAGGCUGGUUUGUGAAAAUGUUGAUACUAGGAGUUGGAGUACUAGUUGUCACAGCAGCCAUAUUACUAAUAGUGGUCAAGAUCUACUAUACACGAUGGAGGACACGAAAUCCAACUAAUCUAGUCAUUGAGGUCUUUUUGAAGAAACAUGGACACCUUCAAACCAAGAGGUAUUGUUACUCUGAGAUAAAGAAAGUGACCGACUCCUUCAAACAUAAAUUAGGCCAAGGAGGAUUCGGCAGUGUAUACAAAGGACGGUUACAUGAUGGACGUUAUGUUGCAGUGAAGAUCCUAAAUGAGUUGAAGGAUAGUGGUGAGGAGUUCAUGAAUGAAGUUGCAAGUAUAUGCGGAACUUCUCAUGUUAACAUUGUUACUCUUCUUGGGUUCUGUUUGGAAGGUUCCAAACGCGCUUUAGUUUAUGAGUUUAUGCAAAAUGGAUCCUUAGAGAAGUAUAUUUUUGAGGAAAAUGACCAAAUUCUGGAUCUCCAAUUGGAUUGCCAAACGUUGUACUAUAUCGCAAUUGGUGUAGCUCGAGGGCUAGAAUACCUGCACAAAGGCUGCAAUACUAGAAUUUUGCAUUUUGACAUAAAACCUCAUAACAUUCUUUUGGAUGAGAAUUUCAACCCCAGAAUUUCGGAUUUUGGACUUGCAAAAAUUUGCACAAGAAAAGAAAGUAUGGUAUCAAUAUUUGGUGCGAGAGGAACGGCAGGCUAUAUUGCCCCCGAGGUAUUUUCUAGGAAUUUUGGUGCAGUGUCACAUAAGUCAGAUGUUUACAGUUAUGGAAUGAUGGUCAUGGAAAUGGUUGGGAGGAGAAAAAACAUCAACACUGAAGUGGACCGCUCGAGUGAAAUAUAUUUUCCUCAUUGGAUUUACAACCGUCUUGAUUCAAAUCAGGAUCUUGGUUUACGGAAUGUAAGAAAUGAAAUUGAUGACGAAAAGGUGAGAAAGAUGACAAUAGUGGCUCUAUGGUGCAUACAAACCAACCCUUCAACUCGACCGGAUAUAAGUAAAGUGGUGGAGAUGCUAGAAGGUAGAGUUGAGUUGUUGCAAAUGCCACCUAAACCCUUUUUGUCAUCUCCUGCAAUUUCUCCACCCCAUUUCUCAAGUGAGACACUAGAAUCUCAGAAAAUGCUAGAUGCAGAACAAAGAGAGCAUUACUAGAUAGUGCAAGCAUGAAAGAUAACAUAAGUUAAUUUAAACUAUAUUGAUGUAUGUACACAGUUAAUAUUUUUGGAAUAAAUAACUGUAAGAUAUGUACCUUAACUUCUGCUUCUUUUGUCCUAAAUAUACGAGUUUUCAACAUAACAUAACAAAG